UACCCAUCUGACGUUUAUCCGGCCCUUAUGAACCCAUAUCGAAGGGCUAAUGCUACUUUUGUUGCUCUGGUACGGAGCUCAGAAAGAGAAUCUAUGAUGCAAAGUAUGCGGUCGAUUGAGGAUCGAGUCAAUCGCAAGUUCGGUUAUCCAUGGGUCUUCCUGAAUGAAGAAGAAUUCACCGAAGACUUUAAAGCAGGCGUGAAGUCUAUGACUCGUUCACAAGUCUAUUUCGGACUCAUCCCAAAGGAAGAUUGGGGUUAUCCCUCUUUUAUUGAUCAAGAACGAGCGAAUCGGACAAGAACACAGAUGGGUAAAAAUGGAAUCGUCUACGGACAAAGCGAGAGUUACCGUCAUAUGUGUCGAUAUCAAUCGGGCUUCUUUUUUAGGCACCCUUUAAUGCUCAACUUCAAUUAUUAUUGGCGAGUGGAGCCAUCAGUUGAGCUUUUCUGUGAUCAAGAUUACGAUCCAUUUGUUUUUAUGGAAUCAAAUCAAAAAGUAUACUCAUUUGUUCUCUCAUUGUACGAAUAUCGGGCCACACUUCCAACUCUCUGGAAUGUCACUCGAGAAUUUGUCACGUCGAACCCUUCCUCACUAGCACCUGAUAAUUCAUUAGGCUUCUUAGUGGAUCAACUAGAAAAAGGAAUGGAUGCAGAAUAUAACCUAUGUCACUUUUGGUCCAAUUUCGAAAUUGGUGAUCUACGAUUUUGGCGCUCUCAAACCUAUCUUGAUUUCUUCAAUCAUCUUGAUCGAAAAGGAGGGUUUUACUACGAAAGAUGGGGAGACGCGCCUGUUCAUUCAAUCGCUGCAUCUUUAUUUUUAUCUACUUCGCAAAUCCAUCAAUGGGAUGAUAUUGCUUACUAUCAUCCUCCUUUCACUCAUUGUCCCACUAAUCUACAAAAGCAUCACGUUAAUGGUAAAUGUUAUUGUGAUCCAAAAGAUAACUUUGACAGCUUACCUUAUAGUUGUACACCACGAUGGUGGAAA